UAGGGAGAGAAGCAACCUUGCAGGCGUGGUUCUAGAGAGAGAGACAUGCUUAACUGUAGAGAGAGAAGGAAGCUUCAUUCUAGAGAGAGAGACGUCCAUCUGUAGAGAGCGUAGCGCCAUUUAUUGCGAGGGAGAGGCCCAUUUCCUGAGAGAGAGUAGCCCAUUUAGAGAGAGAAAGAGGUUCACCCUAGCGAGAGAAAGAGCCAAUUUUACGAUGAGUUUUCCGGGGGAAGAGCGUAUUGUCUCAGAUAGAUUGCAGAGGAAAUUGAACGAUGUUAACCUUGAAGUUCAGAAGCAGCUCUCAGGAGUUCAAGACCAUGUCAAUUUCACUCUUCAGCAAGCUUAUUUCAAGUGUGCGCACGAAUGUUUUGACCGAAGGAGAAGGCAGGAAGAUAUCAACGAUUGUGUGGAGCAUUGCAGCGUGCCUGUUAUGCAAGCCAAUGGCCUUGUUCAGGAUGAGAUGGCCAAGUUUCAGGAGCGCUUGAAUCGAUCUUUAAUGGUCUGCCAAGACAAGUUAGAGACAGCGAAAUUGCAACCACAACUGGGGACUGCCAUGAACCAGCUGGAAUCAUGUGUGGACCAUGCCAUUCAAGACAACAUUCGGAUGUUGCCUCAUAUUGUGGACAGGCUAAAGAAAGCCCUUGCCAUGCCCAGAGAUGAAGCCAAGUUAUAGCCAUGUUUGGCUUCCAAAAAACCUUAUAGAUUUUCCCUUUUUCAGUUUAUUUGAGAGAAGGAAGAUUUUGUCUACGAAGAUUAGUUUUCUAUUUCGGUUUUUGAAAUUUGUUUCUCUUAAUUGAAAUAUUAGUCAUCUCUGAUACAUCUGUAUUUUUUGUGACAAAAAUAUGCUGAGUUUUGCAUGGGGCUUUC